AUGACAUUAACACGGUUGCGAUGGGCUGAAAGCGGUGAGGAUGGGUUGGUGAGGUUGAUGCGCGAUGGGGAGGUGCAGCUGCGCAUGGCUGCAUAUGUGGUUGCAGUGGUUGAAUCACCUCUGCCUGCUCUGGAUGCUGCUGCACUGGCUUUUGCAGAUCGCGUUCCUACUCCUACUCCUGCUUCUGCUUCUGCUGCUACUGCUGCUGCUGCUGCUGCUGCUGCUGCUGGUGCUGGUGCUGCUGCUGGUGCUGCUGCUGCUGCUGGUGGUGCUGCUGCUGGUGCUGCUGCUGCUGCUGGUGCUCCUGGUGCUUCUGCUUUAGGAGUUGAUGCACGAGGCAAGACCUUCACACUCUGCAGACAGGAGGAGUUUUGUACGAAAAAUGAGAAGAAUGGCAAAGGUUGA